AUGGAAGAAGUCGUGGCACCUCCUUCCCAUGCCACAGCAAAUUUCCAGAAAGCUCUCGAUGCUGUCGUUCCAGCUUGCUUGGUUCUUAAGGUCACGCAAACAAGGUCAUUCGACACUGAGAGCGCAGGGUCAGCCUACGCCACUGGUUUCAUUGUGGAUGCAAAACGCGGCUUGAUACUUACGAACAGACACGUUGUGACACCAGGCCCCAUCACUGCAGAAGCAAUCUUCCUGAAUCGCGAGGAGCUGCCUGUCCGCCCACUGUACUAUGACCCAGUCCACGACUUCGGGUUCCUGCGCUUUGACCCGAGCAAAGUGCAGUUCAUGCCAGUCACCGAGGUCCCUCUGAAGCCGGAGGGAGCCUCUGUUGGCAUGGAAGUGCGCGUCGUGGGCAACGACUCUGGCGAGAAGAUCUCAAUUCUUGCCGGAACUCUGGCGCGGCUGGACAGGGACGCGCCAUUCUACUCCAAGAAGGGCUACAACGAUUUCAACACCUUCUACCUGCAAGCGGCGUCGGGCACCAAGGGCGGCAGCAGCGGCUCCCCUGUCAUCAACAGUCAUGGCCAGGUCAUCGCGCUGAACGCUGGAGGCAAGAACAAGGCUGCAUCCGCCUUCUACCUCCCCCUGGACCGCGUGGUCAGAGCCCUUAAGCUUCUGCAGGCGCGCACCAGCUUACCCUGUCCACCUCAGCAUCUUGGGCCGGACGAGUGGCGCGCACCGUGCAUUCCCAGGGGAGAUCUGCAGGCCACAUUCGUAUUCAAGGGCUUUGACGAGGUCCGGCGGCUGGGGCUGACACACACCACUGAGGCCGCCGUCAGAGCGGCCAUAAAGCAGCAGACUUCCUCCAAUGGUGUCACGGGGAUGCUGGUGGUGGAGAGUGUGGUGCCGGGGGGACCGGCUGAUGGCGUGCUGGAGCCGGGAGAUGUGCUGGUCCGGCUGCAGGGUCAGGUGGUGGUGCACUUUCUGCCGCUGGAGACGCUGCUGGACGAGCGUGUGGGGGGCAGCGUGACGGUGGAGGUGGAGAGGGGGGGGCGCUUAGUCAGCGCUGAGCUGGCGGUGCAGGACCUGCACGCGGUGUCGCCCAGCAGCUUCCUGGAAUCUGCCGGCGGCGUGCUGCACGGCCUCAGCUACCAGCAGGCCCGCAAUAACUCCGCCCACGUCGGCCAGGUGUAUGUGGCAGAGCCGGGGUACAUGCUGUCGAGGGCGUCGGUGCCAAAGCAGGCCAUCAUCACACAGCUGGCAGGCGUGCGGACGCCGGACCUGGAGUCAUUCGCGCGCCAGCUGGCCAGCCUGGCGCACGGCGCGCAGGUGCCCCUGCAGUACUUUGUCUUUGGCGAGCGCCACCACCGCCGCACCGCCAUCCUCCACAUCGACCGCAGCUGGCACGGGGUACCACAGUACUGGACGCGCGAUGACGCGAGGGGCACAUGGGACCGCACGGAGGCGUGGCCGCCAGCGGUGCCGGCAGCCCUGCCCGCGGCAAAGCCGCCGCUGGCCCCGGCAUCCGACAGCUGCUCUGGGGAAGGUGACAACAUCGACGAGGACAUGCUCCUCGAGGUGCGCCAUGCCCCCCAGGUGCCGGCAGCAGUGGAGGAGAGCCAGGCCGAGCGCGUGCGCCAGUCUCUGGUCAUGCUCGACAUCCACCUGCCAGCCAUCGCUCUGCCCGACGGCGUGCACUGCCGCGCAUUCGUCGGCAACGGCGUGAUCGUGCACCACAGCGACAAGCUGGGACUGGUGGUGACGGACCGCAACACGGCGUCGGUGUCGGUGGGCGACGUGCGCAUGUCCUUUGGCGCGCACCCGGCCGAGGUGGAGGGCCGCAUCCGCUUCCUGCACCCGCUCCACAACUUCGCCAUCCUCUCCUACAACCCCGCCGACCUGCCUCCCGAGGUCAGAGUCCUAGCACUGUCGUGUCCUCGUGUGCCCAGAGCUUCUGAAUCUACUCAUGUUGCCGCAGGCCUGAACAAGUCGAUGCGGUCGAUGGCGCGCAACAGCACCGUCAUCAACGCCUGCUUCCCCCUCUCCAUUCAGCCCAUCGAAGUGCCGCGCUACCGCGCCGUAAACGAAGAGGUGGUGAAGCUGGACCAGGACUUUGGCUCGGCAUUCAGCGGAGUGCUGGUGGACGCUGGUGACCGGCUGCGCGCGCUGUGGGCGUCCUACAGCGAGCAGGUCAACUCGGAGGACCGCGAGCUCUGCGCCGGGCUGCCCGCCGCCGUCAUCGCGCCCUUCGUGCGCCGCAUCGCCGCCGCGGAGGCCAAACUCCCCGCCCCCUGUGCCAGCGUCUGCCAGGCGCUGGCGGUGCCGGAGGUGCGGGUGCUGGACGUGGAGCUGGAGCCGGUGCUGCUGAGCAAGGCUGCGCAGCUGGGCCUGCCCGAGCCCUGGGUCGCCCGCCUCGCCCGCCUAGACCCCCAGCGCCGCCAGGUGCUGCGUGUGCGGAGCUGCAUGGCGAGCUCGGCCGCGCGCGCAGUGCUGCUAGACGGCGACCUGCUGCUCUCCGUGGCCGGCCGCCCUGUGUCCCAUUUCCGCGCCGUCGAGGCCGCCGUGGCCGCCUCCUUCCCGGCCGCCCAAGCCUCAGUCAAGAUCUCGCCGAGCCCUGUGGCGCUGAAGGUGUGCCGGGAGGGCAAGGUGGUCAGCGUGCAGGUGCCCCUGGCGCGCGAGGACGGUCUCGGCACCGCCCGCAUCGUCCACUGGGCUGGCGCGCAGCUGCAGGCGCCGCACAGGGCGGUGAGGGAGGGGGGAUUCCUGCCGGCGUGCAGCGGAGUGUUCAUCUCGCGCUGGCACCACGGGUCGCCCUCGCACCGCUACGGCCUCUACGCGCUGCAGUUCGUGCAGGAGGUCAACGGCGUUCCGACCCCCGACCUGGACGCCUUUGUCGCUGCAGUCAGCAAGCUGGAGGACGGGGCCUUUGUGCGCGUGAAGCUGGUGCACCAGGAGACAAUGAAGAGCAAGGUGCUCAGCCUGAAGCAGGACCUCAAGUAUUGGCCCACCUGGCAGCUGGCUCUGGACCCCGCCACCUCCUCCUGGACACGCUCCAGCAUCAGCGCUGUGCAGCCCUGAAAAAUGAAAAGUCCACCUGUGGGCUGAGCUUGGAGCAAACAGAGGUGUCAGUCCUCAAUACAGCGGGGGCCAUCUGUCAUAUCAACGAUUUUCAGCAGCUUUUUGGGCCCGCACGCAGAGGUCUGCGGGAGUUCAACUGCCAGGGAGCAACCUCAAAAGAAAGAGGUGCAGAAUCUGUAUAAAAGUAGCUAUGCUGGAGGGUUGGAAGUUGCUGAUUACAAUCAGCACAGCGAGGCAUUUGCUCACAUGCUGACAGCAUGUGCACCUGUGCUGAGGAUAGACCAUUUGUGUAGGAUACCAAGCAUGCUGGGAUGAAUGAUUUUUAUGUACCCAGCGGCCAACUUACCCUCUCUUGCGCCUCUUUUAGUUUUGACUCGUGCCAUUGGAACCAGGCUCUUUGUUCCUCUUUUUCCAGCCCUUGUAGCAUGCAAGCCAGCAGCACAGCAGUAGAAAAGAAAAAUUACUAGAAGAUCUAUGACGAGGAUACCUCUUUAGGUCUCGCCAAGAGACCUGACUUGAUGAGGCAAAGUCUGGACGAUGGAUUCACUGAUCUGACAGCUGCAAUGCACCUGCAGUGACUUAUAGAUGCAGAGCGUGCUGCAGACAAUGAUUGCAUCUGUACUCAAGAUACUGCAGUUGAAUUCUGAUUGCUCCCAUCCACGAAUGUGGGUGAGAUCAUCUAGAUUGAACAAGAUGGACAUUUGGGAAUGGUCGUGAUUGUGACCAAUAAAGAAAUUCUUGCGACACAUUCCCUCAAGUAUUGCAGAGGCAGUGAGUGCAUUGCACUUGCUAUUGUUGCAUUUGAACAUUCAUUGUUGACGUUACGGGUUGGCUUGCUCAUGGCUGGGCAAGUCUGAAAUUUGGGGCUGUGUGGGUCUAGCAUUUGAGUCUAUACUUGUGAUCAUUGCUCGCGUGGUGAAUCUAGGUCACCAUGCGCACAGCGGCAGCUAGUAGUGCCGCCCUACAUUGUACAAAAUUCUUUCAAUUGCAGGUGUUGGCCAUCCCUGGUGUCACAAUCGUGUUGGAGCUGCAAAUAGUCAUUUUGCCAGCCAACAAGUCAUGGGAAGGUUGAAUUAGGCGUGAGUGCUCUAGAAUGGUGAGGUGGUUCAGGCUCAAUUCAUGAUCAUGGAGUCGCUGAUUCCACAUUGGUUGGGAUCAAUCAAGAACUGUCUUGCAAUAUUUGACUUGUGUUCCCGCAACUGCAUGGUGUUUGUGAGGAAAUCAGGGGUUUGACGCGCUCUGCAUUUCAGAGCACAUUAGGCACUUUCAAUGAUGUAAGAGUCUGUUUACGUG